ACAGCCGAUAGCGAACGGUCGUACCAACCGUCCAUUCAGUCCAAUUCCUUUCAGCUCGGGGGAUUGAGGGUAGCAGUCCGGUUUGCUUUAUAUAACCUCUCUCAUCUAGCUAAUCCAAUAUGGCGCAUCGCAUUCUGACGCAGAUUGUCGUUACGGGAAGUCGGGUGCUUGGCCGCGCAUUUGCAGAGGCAUACAAGCAAGCAUCAGCAUCCUCGAAAUAUGCAGCUCAUGCACAGAAGAAUGGAUCCUCGGUAUCCAAUACCUUUGCAUCGUCCGGCUUGACUCUAGACGAAGCCUGCAAAAUUUUGAACGUCAAGCCUCCCAAAGCCGGGGAGGCCAAUCUGGAGCACACCAUGGAGAGGUUUAAGAAGCUCUUUGACAUGAACGACCCCAAAAAGGGAGGUAGCUUUUACCUGCAAAGCAAGAUUCUCCGCGCUCGGGAACGCAUUGAAAUGGAAGUCAGGGAGGCGGAACGCAAAGCAAAGAUGGACAAAGAAUCCUGAAAGUCAGAAUGGAGUGGAUUCAACCCCGGCCCGCACGUCGAAACAUGCCAACGCUCUUCACUCUUCAGACUGUCAAUCGCUGAGCCAGAGCGCAAUCGACACCCCUGUUACAUCAUAUUCCCAUAUUUGUCUCUUUGGAGCAUAGCAUCGGCGUUAACCGUUUUGAAGGCGGAUAGAAAUAUCAAAGACUUCCUUUAUUCGAAAGACGACCCGUUUUUUCCUUCUAGCCCCCCGUCUACCGAAGGAGAUGCGAGAUAUUGCGAGGUGCUUUCACCGUGUUUGUGGCCCCGAUUUCCGAUGUGAUAGUAUAAAACUCUACCCGCCCAAACAAGCCCUCUUUCCUGCACUUUUAUGCUUGUCAUCGUUCGGAUGGAGGCAAGUCGCGCCGAUCGACAUGACCUAAUAUAAUUCUUCUUUUAUAGAUGGACUGAACCCGGUUCUUGAGAUUUUGUUGGAUAGUCUUAGACGUUCAAGUUUGGAGUGAUGCAUUGUACAUACAUAUGACAUUUCUUAUUUCCCUGUCGUCGGUUCCUUUCCCGCGGGUUAGUGUACUCUCCUCUCAUCUUUUUAGCCUUUGGACCGGUUGCUUUAAAGACUCU